UCCUCUGGCUGUUUUGCGUGUAUUUGCAAACGUUUGAGGGUUUCUGCAGACACGGUGGCGAACAACGCUUUUAAAAACCCCGUUCCCGUUUGCCGUCCUCUUUUAAAAGUCCCGAGAUUAGGCAGAAAGUUGAGUGCCGGGGUGGGGUGGGGGCACAGAGCGCACCGCCGACCUCCAGGAAAUGAGUAAAGUAGAAAGUGUGCGCAGUGAGCGGCGUCGCUGAGAAUCCGGCGCGUAGGAUGCUGAGAAGAAAGGGACGGCUCUCGAGCUGAGCGCUUGCAGAGUGGGGGAGAGCAACGGGACCUGUGCUGACUACUUAAUCUAACGAAAAGUUUGUCACAGGGCGCAGAAGAGCUUUGCCAUGCCAGCAGGAAUCUUCCGGGUGUGCUUUGUAGUGAUUGCAGCUAUUGUCAACCAUCCUCUCCUCUUCCCUAAGGAGAAUAUCACGGUCCCUGAAAACACAGAGGAGGUCAUCCAGAAAAUGAAAGAGCGGGAGGAGAACCUGAGGCUAGAACGGCUUAAACUGGAGCAGGAGAUAGCAGUGCAAGAAAUGUUAGCCAAGUCUUCAGAAAAGGCCACAGAGGCAGAAGAGCAGUACAUGCAUGAUCCACUCUCUUGGAACUUCUGGACUGCUCUGUCCUUGGUAGUUUUCCUGCUAAUUGAGCUGUGGAGGCAGGACUAUCAAGAAGGGAUGUGGCAAGACUAUAGCAACGAGGAGGAUGAAAAUGCAAUUCUGGGAAAGGCAUUCAAGGGGGUUGUCCUUCCAGAUAAAGUCACAUUAGCUAAUUUCUAUGAAAGAUGCAUCCAGAAUGUGACCAGUGAAAUUGCUAGGAACAGAGAGCUUGUGGAAGGAUUUGCAGAUGACUUACUAGAGGCUCUAAGGAGUGUAUGUAACCGGGAUGCAGACAUGGAAGUGGAGGAAUCCAUAGGAGUGGGAAGCAUGUAUGAAAACUGGAGGGUUCAUAAACCCCUGGCCUGUGACUUUAUUGUCCCUUUUACUCCCCCCGAGCCAUAUUGUUUCCAGUUAGAGACAUGGCAUUCUGGAGAAUCCGUUCCACUAGACAAACAAGGUUAUGGUUUGAUAAAGAUCUGCCGGGCAGAUGAGAACUCAACAGGCUGUAUCUGUGACAAGACAAAGCUGGGGGAAGACCUACUAUGCCUCCUUCAUAGCAAAAUGAAUCAGUCUAGGCACAACAACCAUAUGGAGGACUUACUUUGCUACAAUGACUCUCGCUACCUUGAUGGUGAUCAGGUUAUGACAUGGUUCCAGGUUGCGCUUACCAAGGCAUGGAACAAGAUUUCACACAAGUACGAGUUUAAUCUCACUUUCAGCCUCCUAGAGUCUCCUGGUGCCCUAAAAAUAAAGUUCAGGUCUGGAAAGACCAUUGCCUUCAAUCUUACCCCUGUGGUCCAGUAUGCUGAUUCUGAUGUAUACUUUAUCUCUCACUUCCCAUGCAGUGAUCUGGCAGAGGGUUCCACAUCCAGUAUUCACUGGUUUCUCACAUUUGCAGUGUAUGAGAAGAGGUACAUCCAAUUUGUUUCAAAAAUUCUGCCUGCCAACUCUUGCCACCUAAGCUGUCUCCAGAUUCUGGCCUUCCUUCAUGGAAAGCAGUGCAGUCUAACAGGACCAAGCAGUCUUACGAACUACCACUUGAAAACAGUGAUGUUGCAUUUGCUACAGACCCAUCCCAGUUCAAACUGGGCUUUUGGCUAUCUGGAGGCCAGGCUACAAGACAUGCUUAAAUUCUUGGAGAAAAGCUUGCAAGAAAAGAGGCUUUACCAUUUUUUUAUUGGAAACAGGAACCUGCCAGAGGAACUGGGCAUUCCAGUGGUGUUCCAGAAGGCAGAACCUAUGAACCUUUUCCGCCCCUUUGUAUUGCAACGAAGUUUUUAUAGAAAAACAAUGGACACAUUUCAUGAGAUGCUGAGAAACACGUCUACUUUAAUAAAUGAGUACACCAUGCAUGUCCCCAUGGGACGGGCAACUCCACUAAACAAGGAACUGCUGUAGUAAAACAGUUGUUCGUGGGCUCAAAUCUCUGAAAACUACAACCAAGCAGAUCUCCCCAUUUAGGGAAGACUGAUAAAUAUUUGGGGUGGGGACGGGGGCGUCUGCAAAUGGUUCCAAAGACUCAAAUGCACAUAAGCACAGUGUCUCUAUUCUACCAGUAUUGCUGGCUGAUGUUACCCAGGUUCUAAUGUUUUACCAUUGAGUAUGAUGUUUGCUGGAAUCAUAAGAAGCAAAAAAGAAGCCUGACCUCUAAUUUAUUCUUAAAUUGGCUAAAACAUUGCUUUUCUGCCUCUCGUAACGUUUUAUUCCUUUCAAGACUGAGGCCUGGAUGGAGAUGAUAGAACUAGUAGCGUUUUUUUACCUACAUUUAAAAUUCCCUGUAAAUAGAAAACCAGUACAACAGUGAAGAGUUGCCCUGUUUUGGAAGUUUUCUAUUUGCAUUUUUUUUAAAAACACACAGAACAGAUUGAAGUGCUCCAGUCUGUUCUAAAAUCUCUCAGCCUUUUAAAGCUCAUUCUUCUGCAUUUCCUGACACCCCACCAAAAAUAUCUUUUCAGGUUUCUCAUUAAUAACUUUGAGUUUCUUAUGGUUCUUUUAAGAAACUGGGCAGGGGCAAAACUAUUCCUUGGCACACAGAACUACCUGAUAGAAUACUUCCUAAUGUUCUGAAAAAAGGAAUGGCAAAAAGCAUUCAUUACUCUGCUCCCAGACUGCUAAAUUUACAAUGUACUAUAUAUACUGUGGCCUAUUUUUACAUGUUAAGUUUUAUAAGCAGACCACAUGAGAGAAACAAACUGUGCUUCAUAUUUUCUGAGAGGGUCUAAAUUUAGUGUGCUGCAAGCACAAGAAUAUGUGUCCCAGGUUCCACAAGGGAUGAUGUCCUGGACAGGAAGGCAAAAGUUCAUAUAUUUAGUGUGUAAUGAGGAGGACAAAAUAGAACAGUUGUGUAUUUUUAAAGAUGAUUUUGGAUUAAGGCAAAAUUGCAGCUGUUUUUUAAAAACAAAUAUAAAUAUUUGUGCGAUGGUUUUUCAA